CACGUUGUCGAAGACGGAGAUGAGAUCUACGAUGCCAUGCUCAGUCAGACAAACAUUUCUGAAAACAACAACAAGUUUUACAUUAUUCAGAUUCUCAAAGAUGACUCUGUUAAUCAGUAUUUUUGCUGGAAAAGGUGGGGCAGAGUUGGCGUAACUGGACAGUCCAAUCUGACAACACACGCGACUUUCGAUCAGGCAUUUCGGGAAUUUUGUAGAAAGUUUCGAGAAAAGACUCAAAACGAUUGGAAGGACAAGACCAAUUUUGUCAAGUACCCUGGCAAGUAUUUUUUAAUUGAGCGAGAUUUUGGCUGCGAAGACGAAGACGAAAAAGAAACCUCGGCUGCGGACUCGGUACAAACUCCAAUUCCAGAAUCCAAACUGCAUCCUUCUGUGAAAGAACUCAUGGAGCUUUGUUUCAACAUGGAUAUGAUGAACCUUCAGAUGAUGGAAAUUGGUUACGAUACAAAAAAAAUGCCUCUUGGAAAGCUUAGUAAAGCCAAUAUUCACAAAGGAUACGAAGUACUUAAAAAGCUUUCCGAUGUGAUCCAAGCUUCUGAACCAAACAAGGCUGACCUUAUGAUGAGACUGAGUUCUGAAUUUUAUACAAUUAUUCCUCAUGAGUUCGGCAUGUCUCGCCCACCUGUGAUUCAAACGCUUUCUAUGCUCAAGGACAAAUUAUCCAUGGUGGAAGCGCUGACAGACAUUCAAAUUGCUACAAGCAUUAUUAAAACAACCAACUCGGUCCAUGUGGAACACCCUAUGGAUGUCAACUAUCGAUCUCUCAUGUGCAAUCUUGUACCGGUUGAUCGUACUUCUGAUACGUUCAAGAUGGUAUGUGAUUACACAAAACUGACACACGGAAAAACACACUCAAGUUACGCUUUGGAAGUUCUCGAUGUAUUUGAUGUUGAGCGUUUUGGAGAAUCCGAUCGAUACAUUGAGUCUAGCAGUCAUAAGCUAGACAACCGCAUGCUGCUUUGGCAUGGCAGUCGACUGACCAACUUUGUUGGAAUUCUAUCUCAAGGCCUUCGUAUCGCUCCUCCUGAAGCACCUUCCACAGGAUACAUGUUUGGCAAAGGAGUCUAUUUUGCAGAUAUGGUAUCAAAAUCAGCAAACUAUUGCUUCACAAAUUCUCGCUCCAAUACAGGCAUCCUGCUGCUUUGUGAAGUUGCUCUUGGUAAAACCAAUGACCUAGUACAAUCUGACUACCAUGCCGAUAAAAAGAUUGACUUUAAAAAAGUGCAUUCGACCAAAGGUAUUGGACGAAACUAUCCUGAUCCAAAGCAGUACAUAAAGCUGGAAGAUGGUGUUGUUGUGCCUGCUGGAAGUAAUCUUGAAACCAAAGGAUCGAAUGGAUAUCUCCAGUACAACGAAUAUAUUGUAUAUCGCGUUGACCAAAUUCGUAUCCGAUAUCUGGUCAAGAUGAACUUCAAAUAUAAAUAGCAAUAUUCAAGCAUGUGAUGAACAGUUGCCAAUUUCAAUAAAAGUAUUGUCAUUUGAAUGAUCUGCAUAGAUCUGA